GGCGCAGCAGGUCCGCGCAGGUAUAGUAGCAGCUAAACGGGGAAGGAAAUAGUCAUUUCAGGGUAGUCCUCUGUGGUGUGAGGAUGGCUGAUGUCGGUGGUAGUAGUGGUGUUCAAUAUUUUGAAGGUGUUGAAAAGUUGUUGGAGAUUUGGUUUACGCGGACCGAUGGCGCUGUGAAACAGUGUGAUCUGCGGAAAAUCUCUAGGAGUAAAUGGGAAUCACUGCUAAAAAUUGUUCGCUGUGAGGUGAUAAGCUUUGUUCGGAAUGAGCAUGUAGAUGCAUAUGUACUGAGCGAAAGCAGCAUGUUCAUAACAAAUCGCCGGUUUAUUCUGAAAACAUGUGGGACUACCACACCACUAUUGUGCUUGAAGCCACUUUUGAUGUUGGUUGAACAGUAUGCUGGAUUUAAUGAAGUGGAAGAUGUGUUCUACUCUCGGAAAAAUUUCAAGAGACCCGAUCUGCAGUUGAGUCCACAUAAGGCUUUUGAACAAGAGGUUGCUGUUUUGAACUCCUUUUUCAAAGAUGGUGCUGCCUAUUGCAUGGGGAACAUGAUAGAAGACUGCUGGUAUUUGUAUACCUUAAAUCCACUGGGAGAAGGAAACAAAACUCGCAGGGGUAUACAGGAACCUGACCAGACCCUAGAAAUCCUUAUGUCAGAUCUGGAUCCAGAUAUCAUGAAUAUUUUCACGCGGGAGGAGUCAUCUUCUGCUGCAGAGGCUACCCAGAAAUCUGGAAUUGACAAAUUGAUUCCAAAUAUGGUGAUAGAUGAUUUUCUCUUUGAGCCUUGUGGUUAUUCCAUGAAUGGCAUUUCAAAGAAAGCGGGUCCAGAACUAGCUGCUGGAUGUUACAUGACCAUUCAUAUAACACCUGAACCAGAAUUCUCAUAUGUGAGUUUUGAAAGCAAUGUGCCACAAUCCUCAUACAAGGAAGUGAUCUCAAGGGUACUGGAAACAUUCCAGCCUGGAAAAUUUGUGAUAACAGUAUUUGCCAAUAAGGCCUCUGCUGCAGCAGCUUCCCCUAAAGAAUUGGAAAGACAGACAUCGUUUGGAGACUGGCUUCGUCAUGAUGUUCAGUACUGCCGCUUCAAGAACUACGAUCUGAUUUACGCAUUCUACUCUAAAUUCCCAAGCUGAGGGUCCCUGGAGGCCCGAAGCUCAGCUGAGUUCCUUUCAGUUGUUGCUCGGUGCCUUCUUGGGCAGUUGCCUGCCCUUUUUAUUUGUCACUGUAGCUGUAGAUUUAAUAACAUAACAUACCUUCUGCAUUUGUUAAGUUUUUCUGUAGGUGGUAGUCAAAUUUCCUUGCAUGGUAGUUUUUAUAACAGUUCCAUUCAGCAGUGUAAAAAUGCCUGUGAAUUUCAAAAUUUCCCACCAUUUAUAAUCACAGCUUCUCAAUGCUCUCUAAUAUUUGUAGAAUACUGUUUAAAAUUAUGGAGUUUAAAUAUAAUUAAAGCUGCUUUGUGUCUAAAAUUGCUUUGCUUCUGUGAAAGCAUUGCAGCUAUUAGAGUAAAUCUUGUUUACAUGUGGUGGCGAAAUAAAAUUUCUUGAGGUGAUAAAUUUGUACGCAGUGAUUAUGAGAGUUGCUGAAGCCAACAAAAGCCUCACCUAUGAGGGUGACAAGUUGGCAUCUCAGGUGGUAACCAUCACUGGUUCCUUGGUUUGAUGCAUUUAUUUAAUUUCCAUCUUGAAAUGGCAGCAAGAAGUAAUCGUAUGAAUCCUUAUGCUGCUGUUGAAGAAUUUUAUUAUGAUCUGAAUUACAAUUUAAGUUGCUAAGGUCAUGCAUAUAUAUUUUUUCUUUGUAACUGUGAAAUUCAGAUCAGUAUUGAUUUUGCAAAAAGCAGCCUUGAAAGGUCAGCAAAGUGUUGCUUACAGUUGUUCCUAAAUGUCAAUUGUUAAUGUUUGUGAUUUAUUUCAUGGUGCAGCAUUGAUUAUAAUAAAUGUUUCUGUGAGUAAAUUGUAUAUCUAGUAUUUUCUGUGUAUUCUGAGUUGUUACUCUGAUCUUGAGAAAUUAAUUAAAAGUAAAGAAUUCUUUGUAAUGUAAGAGGCUUGUCCAAUUUCGAAAUGGUCAGUUACUGUAAAGCUGUUUGAAGCAGUUUGAGAUUGCUUCUUAGUGUAAUAUCAAGCUGCUGUGAACAUUCACUUGUUCUGGGACAUUUGUGAAUAGAGAAUUUUCUACUUCAAAUGAAAAUAAUCUACUGCCACAUGUUUUGAGGGCAAUUCUGUUAAUCUGAUUUUAGCAAACAGUUAUCACUCAAGCCAUUGCUGAUUUACUUGCUGGUAAUAUUGCAACAGUAUUUUGGAUUUGCUUUGUUUUUAGACACUAAACACUCUGAAAUUGUGGCAGUGAAUAUCUUGGUGCAGUUGUGGUUGUUCUAGGUGGCGACGUGUCAGGUUAGACUUCCAUUUUAUAUUGCACCUACUUGAAUCGAUAUCCACAUGUCACAAAGCAAAAUUUCACAGUUGGCUGCUGUCAGAGUGGUUAAACUGCUGUCUCAGUUUCAUGACAUGGUCCCUGUGCUAUACUCUGUUGUAACAUGAGUCACAUUACAAUCACUGUUUUCUUACAUUUGGAUUGAAUCUUAACAGCAGCAUCUGUUGAUACAUUUCGAGUAACUAGGGCAGAUGAUCUAUAGUUGCAAAAGCUGUAGUAAACUAAGAAUUUUUUGUCCACUAUGAGUUGAUUAUUUGUCAUAGUACUGUUACAUAUCAAUUAAAAAGACAAGCGUUUUUGGUCAUAGAGUAACAUUUAAAUUGGAACUCUAAUUUCUAAAACAAUUUCCAAAGAAUGCACCGUUAUUCUCUUAACAGAGCCCAAUAUUUGUACACCAAACCUGCUGUUACAUGCAGAAGAUACAAUAAUUUUGAAGGCCCUGUUAAAAUCCACAAUGAAUUUAGAUUGGUGAGUUAAGUAUUGCAAUAAUCUAUCAUUUCUUUCUUUGGUUUGGUAAUGUUUUGUUGUGGGGAAAAAUGUGUUGGAAAUCAGAUUUUUCAUUAUCUUAGCAUUGGUAGAUUUUUGAUGUACAUGGAGUACUUCAUAAAAUUGUUGUAUCAUCUACUACAGAAACAACUCUCUGUUCAUGACACUGUAAGGUGGUGUUGGCUGUGUAAUGACCACUGACUUAACUGGUAGAUGUCUUAGUUGUGUGAUCCACUGAUUCACCUAAAUCAGUGUAAACAACUCAGUACAUUCUUCCUUCAGUUUGUAAUAUCAGCCUUGAGAUUUAUUGCUCACAAACGUAAUUUUACUGCAGGAAAUGUGAUGAAAGGCUCAUUUUCCUCUGAGGAAAUUCAUUACAAUAUUUGUCACGAUGUGAGAAAUAGGCUUAGGCUUUCUGCAGAGGUAUUGCAGUUGAAAUGUUACAAUGGAACAUAGAAAUGGUAUACAUUUCUCAGUCUAGUGCUAAUCACAUUAUUAAAGAAGACACUGUCUGGCCUGUUGGACAAUUCUCCAGUGCCAUUUAACAGAAAGAAAGACUGCUUAAACAUUUGUGAUUGAAAUGGCAGCCUUGUCUCCCUCUCCCCACUCAGGUUUGGCCCAGUUGUAUCUUACUAGGUGGGGAGGAAGAGCCAGGUGGAUGUUAAUACUGGCUGACUUAAUAUCCAGGAGGUUCAUACAAAGUGGGUAGCUGUGGCGUGCCAGAGUUAUUAACGUGGGGAAUCCCCCAGAUGUAUUUAUUUCUAGUGUUGCCUUUUUAGUUUCUUUUUUAAACUGAUGUCUAAGAAGCAAAAUGAGUAUUAUGAUUGUGUGAAUAUAAGUGGAAUAUUGUGCAUUUAGUUUUAUAAGUGGGCUUUGCAGCAGCCUGAUAUGAGCACAUUGUGUUUAAUGAGAAUGCAUAUGAUGGGAAAAGGUAAUUCUGUGAUAAGAGUGUGAGUUACUUUAUUUCUGUUACAUUAAACAUUUGGUGUUUUAGACUAAUUUUGAAAUUUGUCCAAACUAUUUAGUUUUUAUGCCUUUGUUUAUAGAAAGUUUCCUGACUUUAUGUAUUUAGGCAUUACUGAAACUGGAAAGCAAAUGUAAUUUUUUUGUGCAGAUGUAGUUUCAACAUUUUAUAAUUUGUCAGGGGUGAGUUUUGACGCUUAAAUACUCAGUUGCUUUCAUCUUUUGUGCUUUUUAUAUCUUGUAAACCAGUGACUUCCACAAGAGUAAAUUAAAGCCUUUUGUCCCUCUCAUUGGCUUAGUCUUGUGUCAUUACUACGAUGUGCUACAUUCAGAUUUACUGUUGAAUAUGGAUGUUGUAGUGUUUUAGUACAUGAGAUGUUAAUGUAUAAUAGUUCUUUAUGUAUUUGAAUAUAUUGACAUGUUUUUCAUA